UACUUUACAGUCGCCUUGUGUACUGUAUGAUGUGUCGUCGUGCUGCCUGUGUUGUCGUGUCGGUCGGAUUAUAAUGUCGGCGUUCAACUUCUAUGACCCUUCGUCGUGGGGAGUCGAGGAUGACAACUCUUGCCGUGCCGCGUGUGACGCGCAAGUCGCAGUUUUCGGGAAAUUUCUCGAAGAAUACGAAGAGAAGCUGGACUCGCUGUCGUCGGGAUGUGACUACGUCUGGGAUCCGUGCUUACAUCCUGUAUCCUUCGAACUGACCGUUGACGAUGUGACAGCAGCAGCUGAAAGUGUCCCGGAAAUAUCGGGCGACCCCGUGAGAAAAAUUGUCCUGGUUUUCACUCAUCUUUGCGAUGAGAUGAAAUCUUUGAUUGCCGAAGCCGAAAAUUCAUUUUUCGACGUUCUUUGUCUGUAUGGCGAAGGUGAGCCCGGGAUCGAUGAAGGGAAUACGGAGAUGAUGAUAGGGAAAUUUGUCGCCGUGCUACCCGAAUUGGACGCGUUUGUCCGUCGUUGUCGUGUCGUGCUCAACAACUGUGUCUUGCAGCUCAGUGCUGCAUUUGACCCGAAGGCUCCUGUGGACGUCUCCAAUGUUCAUCUUGUGCAUGUGCUGCAAUGCUUUGGAGGCGUCUUAUCAACAUUAUACACACUCGACGAAAUCAUCAAACUCCAACCUCAUAUUUUAAAGCACUGGAUAACGUACAAGCGGCUGCUGAAGAAUGUGCGUCGGGAACCUAAUGAAUUCAAGGUGGACAACGCCAAGAUGUCCGCCUUGAUCGAUCUCUUGAGAAAUUUGGAAGAUGCCCUGCUGUCGGAUAAAAUUUUUGUCGACUCGCUCGCUGAUUGUUCGGACACUGCGCGAGUUUCAGAAGCCGGAACGAAAAGCAAGAACCACUUUGCGGCGGAAUGGAAAGAGUGUCUGACUCUGUGGGUGGAUCAACUGGAUGCCCAAGUAGGUCAAACUUACGAACUGGACCGGCGACUGGGCCAACAGCUCAUGGCCUUGGCGUGCUGUUUUGUCUUCUACACGUCCGUCGUCCAGGGGUUGGACAAGAAACUCGUGAAACAAAUCUGGGAGCUUCAGAAAAAGAUUCCAGUGGUUCUCCUCCACGCACAGCACGUAUGGAUACUGGAUGACUUCUUUGUUCAGCACCUAGGAGGGUUUGCAAGUGUGAUCGACAGAAGGGCGAUGUCCAGUUCUGCUGCGUUUCGGAGCAAUUAUAUGCAGCAGAAAACCGCAUCGAUUGGCCGAGAUGAAGUUGCUUAUGGCGUUCAGGUGUGCACUUGGACGGCCAAGUUCGAAGAACUCUCCAAGCUGGAACCCUCAAAACUUCGGAUCGAGGACAUGAAGCGAUUUGCAAAUUUAUUCAUCCAGGGAAUUCUGUACGCGCAUCGGCUCUCGUUCACUGCCAAGUUGAUUUUGAACGUUCAUGCCCGUUUCGUCAAGCCUAUGAGCAAGGCUGAUAUCGCUUGCGUGUGCAGAUUGAUCGAAUUGUUGCAGUCUAUCAGAGCUACGUAUCAUCGACACGGGAUGCUGGUGGCGGAGAUCACUGGUUACGUCAUGCAACACCUGUCUUUCGUUGCGCUGACGACGUUGGCUGGAGUCAAGAAACGGUUGCUGAAUGAGAAACCGAGCUCCAGACGUUCAGAUAUAUUGACUGCAUUGGUAUUGACUGAACACGCCUUGAAUGGUCCUGUGACAAAAGUUAAACGGCUUGUGGCGAUCAUUGCGAUGGCCUUUGCGCCGAAAACGCUUACGGAAGGAGAGUUUCAAGCAUUGGAGAAAAAUCUGAGGAAAAUGGAGUUUCUCUGUGACCUGGGAUCGUCUUUGGAGAAAGCGUGUGAUGGCUCGUUCCUUUAUUGGCACCGUGUGAUAAUUCCCAUCUAUUUCGACGACGUGUUGAGCUGUGAAACGAAUCCCCAUAGAAUCCAUGAAUUUUUUUCGGCGUUGGAAGACUGUAUCGCCCCGUUGUCUCAUUGUCGCCAUGUUCAAUCAGAUGCUCUCAGCGAUAGAUUUUGCGCGGAAGUGAUGGACGCGUUAGAACGACAGAUCCUGCUACCGUUGUGCAACAAAAUCGAGGUUGAUUUACGGUUGCAGACGCAUUGUCAUCUGCAGUUGGAGGAAAGAAAUCCGUUUUCUGCGCCAGUCGCUGACCUGAGCGAUUUUUUACGCUUGAGACCCUUGGCUUUGGGCAAAUUUACGCUGCAUGUGAAGAAGUACGUCGAAGACUACCUCGAUAAAACAUUUUACACCCUGACGACUAUCGCCUUGCACGACUGGAAGACUUACGGAGAAAUGAGGAGCAUUGCUCGUCUGAAAUACGGCGCGGAAACUCGAGAAGCGCAUCUUCCAAGUCAGACUUUGGAGCAGGGCUUAGAUGUGCUGGAAAUCAUGCGGAAUCUGCACAUUUUCGUCGGGAAAUUUGCGUAUAAUUUGAACACGCAGACGUUUAUUGAAGUCUCGAGCAACAACAAGCACCUUGAGAGUAUUGGCAUUCGUCACGUGGCGAAUUCCAUACGAACACAUGGCCCUGGAAUCAUGAAUACGACGGUGAACAUCACGUACCAGUUUCUCAAGAAAAAGUUUCAGAUUUUCUCCCAAUUUCUCUUUGACGACCACAUCAAGUCGCGGCUAAUGAAGGAUGUGAGAUAUUUCAAGGAAAAUAAAGAUUCCUUGGGUCAGAAAUACCCAUACGAUCGCGCAGAAGAAUUCAACAGAGGAAUCCGUCGGUUAGGACUGACGCCGGAUGGCCAGACCUACCUCGAUAAGUUCAGGGUGCUUAUCACGCAAAUUGGAAAUGCCAUGGGAUUUGUGCGGAUGAUCCGCUCUGGCGGUCUGCACAGCUGCGGGAAAGCCGCCAGUUUCAUCCCAGACCUGGACACGUACGGAAUCAGCGUUGACAACUCGGACCUUCUCACCAACGUUGGCUUCAAAGAGAUGGUUGAACAAGCGGAGUUGUCUGCCGAGACGAAAGAAGCCGGGAGCUCUGUGGAUUCCGUGGUUGCCGAAAUUUGCAAGCGAUUCACGCGAGGGACGCAGUAUUUCAGAUUGUUGGUGCAGGUUCUCGGGCCUGUUUUCCGCGACGGCAAGCACGGACAUCUCAAGAACUUCUUCAUCAUCAUCCCGCCGCUGACUGUCAAUUUCGUGGAGCAUUUCAUCGCGUCGCAAGAGAUGAUGCUGAAGAGGAAUUGCGACGGAGCGAGGUUCACGGAUGAUGGCUUUGCAAUGGGGAUUGCUUUUAUUUUGAAACUUCUGAAUCAAUACGAAGAUUUCGAUUCGUUGCAUUGGUUCACGAGUGCCCAAAGUAAGCUGGAGAAGGAUGCGGAAAUUUCUUCGUCGACUGCGGACAGAGUAACCCCUGUCGUUGACUCCGCUACUUUGAACAAAGACGCUCCGACCAUGACGCUCACUUUGAAACGUCUGCAGAAGUAUCAAACGGAAUUGGACCUUCUACGGUACAACCUCAGCAGUGCCAGAAUAUUCUUCCAGUGGGCCACGGUCGACGACGGGCCACAGGAGCCCGGAUCUCUCCGAUCGUCGCAACAGAGCCUGAACAAGUCGUUAUGA